GUAAUCAUGUUUUGUAGCAGAGCUGCCGCGUCGGUGAUUGUCUUCCUGCAUGUAAUAAUAACCACCAACGGGCUGCAAACGAAUUGCAACUCCUCAACUUGUAACGGAACGCGGAACGGAACCGCAUGGGCAAUUAUUUCAAAUGACAGCAGUCAAGAUAAUGAUUUUCCAAAUUUUCUUCAUGUAAACAAUUCUCCUCCUCUAAUACAUGGAGAUAGCAACGAUAUUCAGAAGUCAUCAUCAGACAGCGACAUAGGAGUUAUUAUUCCAAGCACAAUUGGGGCAGUCGUGUGUGUGUGUGUAGCUGCUUUAGUGGUGUGGAAGAAGUUACGGAAAAAACGAAUUUCUGAACUAAUGAGAAAUGGGCCUAAUUCUCAUUCUGAGUCUGAGGUGCUGUUGUCACUUCCAUCUGUUGCUGCUUCAUCUGAAAUUGAAUCGUCAUUUGCAUCUGUUGCUGCUUCAUCUGAAAUUAAACCAUCUUCUGACUCUGCACUUUGUACUGCUGAUAUCACUAAGGGAGGGCUUGUUGUCGAUAAACUCAGAAAAUUUGCCUUGUAUGUUCCAGUACAGCGUAACAUUGCACAUGCUACUGUUUCAGUAAGUUCGUUGCCACUUAACUAUACAGCAAAAUUUCCUCCAGGUGUAUAUCCAUUGUCAUGUCCAAUACGACUGCUAGACACGGGUCUACCAGAUGAUUUUAAGUAUGAGAGACCUGGACUGCUUAUCAUGCCUGUCGAUAACCACCUGUGCAUUCCUCCAAAGGCUUCUAUUAGCCUUUGGCAUAGCACUAAUCCAAAAGAUCCCAAUUUCACAAGACUUGAUGAUACUGAGUGUUAUAUUGAUUCAACCACAAGUGAAGGUCAUCGAUAUGUUGUCUGUUGGUUGAAAGGGCACUGUGAUGUUGUUCCAUGUUAUCAAGUUCCAUACCAACCAUGGGUGCUGUUUGCUGGAGUGUUUGCUGAAACAACGUCUCUUCAUGGUGACACUAAUCUACAUGUGCUUAUAGGCAAUAGUUCUGAAACUGUACAGAAUGAAGUUGAUCGGUUAAGCCCGACUUUUGUUUUGACUCUUCUACCCUUAACUGGUCGAGGGACUGCUGAUGGUAUGAUCAAGUUGGAUUUGGAGGGAGGUUUCAGCAGACUAGAAAUAAGCAUAACACCAUUUCAGUGUGAUAUGAUUUCGGCGAGCGUGUGUGGGUGCAAGAGUGGCACUCGUUUUGUGCACCAUGUUGUGUUUCCUACUCAUUCUUCUAGUCAGUAUGAUGUUCGUGUUUCUACUCUAACCGAUGGUGUUUACAAGCCAGCUGAUCCAUGCAUUUCUACUCAUUUACAUUUGCUGUAUGAAAAUAGACUGGAUUUGGCUCAUUAUUUGUUGUCUCCCAGUUUUGUCCGGAAGCACCAACAACCUCAAUGGGAAACUUGGUCUUUGGCUGACAGAGUGAGAGUGUUAGUCCCACCUUGUUAUCGAAGUAAAGCUCAAACACUUCGAACAGAUGGGACAACAUUGGCUGACUCAAACUAUUCACCCGUUGUAGACUUUAUCGUACGUAUUGGUAUGUCUAGUAACGAGCUGCUUACGCUUGCUCAAAGGUUAAGUGUGGAGGAACAUUUAAGACAACAGUUGGAUGUUGAAGGAGAUACAUCACAAGUAGCUACUGCUAGGCAAGUGGAGACAUUAGUGACUUGUUAUAAGUCCGUGGUUGGCAAUGCAUGUAUAGAGGAAGUUCUUAGUCAUUUUAUGGCACUGCAAGAAUCUUCGUGUCGUGUAGACUAUUGUCAACCUCCAUCAUGUGAUGAUACUAUUUUUCACUCAUUUGCAAAGCUGAUUAUUUGCAUCUUGACUGAGGAGAAUGCACCUUCUCAUUCAGCAAGUUUGUCUAUUGCAGCAGAUAGUAGCUCAGUGACUGAUGUCUUCUUACCCUCUUAUCAUUUGACUGCUACUGUAAAUCAUCUGGAUGAAGUUUCACGUGAAUGUCCCAUGAUUGCUCCACUGUUAAGAGAUCACUUACCAAGAGGUCACCUACUGGAUGAUCAUCUUGCGAUGCAAGUUAGCCCGAGAGAAAGAGUGACUGAUUUAACACUGGACUCACGUUCUGGACCAUUAGCUUGUCAGUCUUUUGUGAUAUGUGGUAGGUCACACCAACUUACAGAGACUGCUGAUGGAUUGGUGCCAGUGGCACCUCAGAUGCAAGCUGAUACCUGUCACAUUGAGAGUCAAGGUCCGAUCAGCAUUGUUGAUAAGUUGCGACAUGAUUAUCAUGACACUCGUGAGAACAACACAAACAAGAGCAACACUGAUGAUAUGUUCCGACGUGAGUACGAUGACACUCGUGACAAUAGCAAGACUGGUCCUAACUUACGACGUGAGUAUGGUUACCCUCCUAUAAAUCACAGACUUGGAGCAACUAUAGAGGAAGAUGCCACUGUUGACAGUCAACAGGGUUACAUAGUAAGUACUCCUGCUGAUCAGAUAUCAUCCAUGGCAACCCCACCUUGUUUGCCCUCAGACCCAGUUUUACAACAGUAACUGAAUUUACUAACAAGAUUGCACAAACAACUUUCUGGUGGGACUGAUUCUUGCUGUUUACAGCUUUGUUAUAUGUGACUUCUAGUUAUUUGACAUCAUACAUGGUGCAGCAGUAAUUUGUGUGGGAACUGGUCUUUUUACUUGUUGUUCAGGUGUUUAUGUUGCUUUUUAGAUAUUUAUAGUGUAGGUCUUAGACUUAGUAUGUAUGUAUGUAUAUAUGUAUGUAUGUAUGGUAGUAUCUAAUUACAUAUCAAAUGUUUCGUUAACAA